AGCCUCGUGAUGCAUACGACUGAGAGCCAACAGAGAUCCCUCGACGGCUCUCCAUUUCGCUCCGAGUAGUCCACCGCUUUUCCGUUCACUUUGACCUUUACGUUUCAAUACAAAGUAAGGGGAAUGAAGUAGUUCUAGAUUUUUUUCAUUUGAAUCACUUUAUUCGCGAUUUAAGUUCAACAACUACGGUUUUUCUUCUCGUCAUCUGCCGAAAGACGGUGAAGAAUUCAUGAGCUGUCACGAGGACCAGUGACUGCGCCCCGUUCGUAUUUGUGCUUGUGGCGGAUGAGUCCCUGUGCGGGGCUGUGAUCGGGCGUUCGGCGGUUCCGGAGCGGAGCAGAUCGGGUCAGGAUGGCAGACGUGGACCCAGACACCCUGCUGGAGUGGCUGCAGAUGGGCCAGGGAGAUGAGAGAGACAUGCAGCUCAUUGCUCUGGAGCAGCUCUGCAUGCUGCUGCUCAUGUCUGACAAUGUAGACCGCUGCUUCGAAACCUGUCCUCCUCGGACGUUUCUCCCGGCCCUGUGUAAGAUCUUCCUGGAUGAAAGCGCCCCUGACAAUGUGCUGGAGGUUACAGCCAGGGCCAUCACCUACUACCUGGACGUUUCGGCCGAGUGCACCCGCAGGAUUGUGGGCGUAGACGGAGCUAUCAAAGCCCUGUGUAAUCGGCUGGUGGUGGUGGAGCUGAACAACAGAACCAGCAGAGACCUGGCGGAGCAGUGUGUUAAGGUGUUGGAAUUGAUCUGCACGCGCGAGUCUGGCGCCGUGUUUGAAGCAGGGGGGCUGAACUGUGUCCUGAGCUUCAUCCGGGACAGCGGACACCUGGUCCACAAAGACACGCUGCACUCAGCCAUGGCCGUCGUCUCCCGCCUCUGCAGUAAAAUGGAGCCCCAGGAUUCGUCCCUGGAGACCUGCGUGGAGUCCCUGUCCAGCCUGCUCAAGCACGAAGACCACCAGGUGUCUGACGGAGCUUUACGCUGUUUUGCUUCGCUGGCGGAUCGUUUUACUCGCCGUGGGGUCGACCCUGCUCCUCUGGCCAAACACGGGCUGACGGAAGAGCUGCUGUCUCGCAUGGCGGCGGCGGGCGGGGCGGCCUCUGGCCCCUCCUCUGCCUGUAAACCCGGCCGCACCUCCACCGGGGCCGCGCCCUCUGCCGCUGACUCCAAACUCAGUAACCAAGUGUCCACCAUCGUCAGCCUGCUGUCCACGCUGUGCCGGGGGUCACCACUAGUCACACAUGACCUGUUGCGCUCCGAGCUGCCGGACUCCAUGGAGAGUGCGUUACAGGGAGACGAGCGCUGUGUGCUGGAUACCAUGAGGCUAGUCGAUCUGCUCCUGGUUCUGUUGUUUGAAGGGAGAAAGGCUCUGCCUAAAUCCACCGCUGGCUCCACCGGACGCAUCCCCGGCCUGCGGCGUCUGGACAGCUCAGGAGAACGCUCCCACCGACAGCUCAUCGACUGUAUCCGCAGCAAAGACACCGACGCCCUCAUCGACGCUAUAGACACCGGAGCAUUUGAAGUGAAUUUUAUGGAUGAUGUAGGACAAACACUUUUGAACUGGGCCUCAGCGUUUGGAACCCAAGAAAUGGUGGAAUUCCUGUGUGAGAGGGGUGCUGAUGUCAACAGGGGUCAAAGGUCAUCAUCCCUCCAUUACGCUGCCUGUUUUGGACGGCCUCAAGUUGCUAAGACUUUAUUGAGACAUGGAGCCAAUCCUGAUUUGAGGGACGAAGAUGGUAAAACCCCAUUGGACAAAGCGAGGGAAAGAGGACACAGUGAAGUCGUGGCAAUCCUCCAGUCUCCAGGAGACUGGAUGUGCCCUGUGAAUAAGGGGGACGAUAAGAAAAAGAAAGAUGUGAAUAAAGAAGAGGAAGAAGGCAGUGAACCCAAAGGGGACCCUGAAAUGGCACCCAUCUACCUGAAGAGGCUGCUUCCUGUUUUUGCACAAACUUUUCAGCAAACCAUGCUGCCCUCUAUUAGGAAAGCUAGCUUAGCUUUGAUUAGGAAGAUGGUGCACUACAGCUCUGAAGUGCUGCUUAAGGAGGUGUGUGACUCUGAUGCUGGACACAACCUACCCACUGUGCUAGUGGAGAUCACCGCUACUGUGCUGGAUCAGGAGGAUGAUGAUGAUGGACACUUGCUGGCAUUGCAGAUCAUCAGGGAUUUAGUAGAUAAAGGUGGAGACGUCUUUCUCGACCAGCUGGCCAGACUGGGCGUCAUCAACAAGGUGUCCACUCUCGCCGGACCCACCUCUGAUGACGAGAACGAGGAGGAGUCCAAACCUGAGAAGGAGGAUGAACCCCAAGAAGAUGCCAAAGAGAUCCAGCAGGGGAAGCCCUACCAUUGGCGUGACUGGUCCAUCAUCCGCGGCAGGGACUGCCUGUACAUCUGGAGUGACGCGGCUGCGCUGGAACUCUCCAACGGCAGCAACGGCUGGUUCCGUUUCAUCCUUGAUGGCAAACUGGCCACCAUGUACUCCAGCGGCAGCCCAGAGGGGGGCUCAGACAGCUCAGAGAGCAGGAGUGAAUUUCUGGAGAAGCUUCAGCGAGCUCGCAGUCAGGUCAAACCAGUUACGGCCAGUCAGCCCAUCCUGUCGGCCGUGGGCCCCACGAAACUCACUGUGGGGAACUGGUCUCUCACUUGCCUGAGAGAGGGGGAGAUCGCCAUCCACAACUCAGACGGCCAGCAAGCCACCAUACUCAAAGAGGAUCUGCCAGGCUUUGUGUUUGAGUCCAACCGUGGCACCAAGCACUCUUUCACAGCGGAGACCUCUCUCGGGUCCGAGUUUGUGACUGGCUGGACAGGGAAGAGAGGAAGGAAGUUGAAAUCCAAAUUAGAAAAGACAAAACAAAAGGUGAAGACCAUGGCCAGGGAGUUGUAUGAUGACCAUUUUAAAGCAGUGGAGAGCAUGCCCAGGGGAGUGGUCGUCACUCUGAGGAAUAUUGCUACACAGUUGGAGUCGGCCUGGGAGCUGCAUACCAACAGACAGUGUAUCGAGGGAGAGAACACGUGGCGAGACCUGAUGAAAACAGCUCUGGAGAAUCUGAUUGUGGUUCUUAAGGAUGAAAACACCAUCUCCCCCUACGAGAUGUGUAGCAGUGGCCUCGUCCAAGCACUUUUUACUGUCCUUAACAAUAGUGUGGAACUUGACAUGAAACAUGAUUGUAAGCCAUUGAUGGAAAGAAUAAAUGUGUUCAAAGCUGCUUUCAGUGAAAAUGAAGAUGAUGAAAGCCGACCCGCAGUUGCCUUAAUCCGUAAGCUGAUAGCAGUAUUGGAGUCCAUUGAACGGCUACCUCUACAUCUGUAUGACACGCCUGGCUCGUCAUACAAUUUACAGAUUCUGACAAGGAGGCUGAGGUUCCGAUUGGAGCGUGCUCCGGGAGAGACAGCUUUGAUUGACAGGACGGGCAGGAUGCUGAAGAUGGAACCUCUGGCCACUGUCGAAUCACUAGAGCAGUACCUGCUGAAAAUGGUGGCGAAGCAGUGGUACGACUUUGACAGAUCCUCCUUCAUCUUUGUGAGGAAGCUGAGAGAGGGCCAGACAUUCACGUUCAGACACCAGCACGACUUCGACGAGAACGGCAUCAUCUACUGGAUUGGCACCAAUGCAAAGACUGCGUAUGAAUGGGUGAACCCGGCAGCUUACGGUCUGGUGGUGGUGACGUCGUCUGAGGGGCGUAACCUGCCGUACGGCCGACUGGAAGACAUCCUGAGCAGGGACAGCUCCGCCCUGAACUGCCACACGAACGACGACAAGAACGCCUGGUUCGCCAUCGACCUGGGGCUCUGGGUCAUCCCGUCCGCCUACACCCUCCGCCACGCCCGAGGAUACGGCCGGUCCGCGCUCCGCAACUGGGUUUUCCAGGUGUCCAAAGACGGCCAGAACUGGACGUCGCUUUACACGCACGUGGACGACUGUAGCCUCAAUGAACCAGGGUCUACAGCCACGUGGCCCCUGGACCCGUCUAAAGACGAGAAGCAGGGCUGGAGACACAUUCGCAUUAAACAGAUGGGGAAGAACGCCAGUGGGCAGACACACUACCUGUCUCUCUCCGGCCUGGAGAUCUACGGCACGGUCAGCGGCGUGUGUGAGGACCAGCUCGGUAAAGCAGUGAAGGAGGCAGAGGCCAACCUGCGCAGACAGAGGCGUCUGUUCCGCUCUCAGGUGAUGAAGUACAUUGUACCCGGGGCACGCGUCGUACGGGGCAUCGACUGGAAAUGGAGGGACCAAGAUGGCAACCCCCCAGGAGAGGGCACCGUUACUGGAGAAGCACACAAUGGCUGGAUUGAUGUGACCUGGGAUGCUGGUGGAUCAAACUCGUACCGUAUGGGUGCAGAAGGGAAAUUUGACCUCAAGCUUGCUCCAGGGUACGACCCUGAGUCUGCGCCGUCACCCAAACCUGUCUCAUCCGCUGUUUCAGGAACGCCGCAGUCCUGGAGCAGCCUGCUGAAAAAUAACUGCCCGGAUAAGGGCGGCUCCUCCUCGUCCGCAGGAGGCGCCGGCUCCUCCAGCCGCAAGGGCAGUAGCAGCUCUGUGUGUAGCGCGGCCAGCAGCAGCGACAUCAGCGUCGCCUCCACCCGGGUGGAGCAGCGCGCCGAAGGCCUGCUCCAGCAGGGGGCGCCCGUCGUCGCCGGAGGAGCCCCAGGGGCGGAGGGCCAGGAGCCGGUGGUGGUGCUCUCCUCCACGGAGGCCGGCUCCGGCUCCAGCACGAGCACGUUGACGGCGGACGCGGGGAGCGAGGGAGCGGAGCGGAAACCCGGGCCGGACGGGGUCCCGAGACAGGCGGGUUCGGACUCGGCUGCCAUCUCCAUGGGACUGGUCAGCGUGAGCUCCCCGGACGUCAGCUCGGUGUCGGAGUCGUCCAGCAAGGACGCGGCGUCCCAGAGACCUCUCUGCUCGGCCGCCAGCGCCAGGCUGUCCGUCAGCUCCCUCCUGGCGGCCGGAGCGCCCAUGAGCUCCAGCGCCAGCGUGCCCAACCUGUCGUCGCGCGAGGCCAGCCUCAUGGAGUCGUUCGUGCGGAGGGCGCCCAACAUGUCCCGCACCAACGCCACCAACAACAUGAAUCUGAGUCGCAGUAGCAGUGACAACAACACCAACACGCUCGGCCGUACCGUCAUGAGCACCGCCACUUCUCCUCUGAUGGGUGCACAGAGCUUCCCUAACCUCACAACCACUGGCACCACCUCAACCGUUACCAUGUCAACCUCCAUUGUAACCAGCAGCAAUAACGUAGCCACGGCAACCACAGGGUUGUCGGUGGGCCAGUUGCUCAGUAACACACUGACGACCAGCUUGACGUCCACGUCUAGUGAGAGUGACACGGGGCAGGAGGCGGAGUUUUCUCUCUAUGAUUUCCUGGACAGUUGUCGUGCGAACACGUUGCUGGCAGAGCUGGAUGACGAGGAGGACUUGCCCGAGCCUGACGACGAUGACGAUGAGAAUGAAGACGACAAUCAGGAAGACCAGGAGUAUGAGGAAGUUUUGGAGGAAGAGGAGUAUGAGAUGAAGGGUGGCCGACGCCGGACCUGGGACGACGACUUCGUCUUAAAACGCCAGUUCUCUGCCCUGGUACCAGCAUUUGACCCCAGACCGGGUCGGACCAACGUCCAACAAACCACUGACCUAGAGAUUCCCCCUCCAGGUACGCCUCGCUCAGAGGUCCUGGAGGAGGUAGAGUGCGCCCCGUCGCCGCGGCUGGCUCUGGUUUUGAAAGUGGCCGGGCUCGGAACCACGCGGGAAGUAGAACUACCUCUCUCCAACUACAAGUCCACCAUCUUCUACUAUGUUCAGAAACUUCUUCAGCUUUCCUGUAACGGCACCAUCAAAUCUGACAAACUCAGGCGCAUCUGGGAACCCACCUACACGAUAAUGUACAGGGAAAUGAAGGAUUCCGACAAAGAGAAAGAAAGUGGAAAGAUGGCUUGCUGGUCUGUAGAGCAUGUGGAACAGUUCCUUGGCACUGAUGAGUUACCAAAGAAUGACUUGAUAAGCUACAUACAGAAGAAUGCUGACUCCUCUUUCCUACGCCUCUGGAAACUAACCGGCACUAAUAAAAGUAUUAGGAAAAACAGAAAUUGUUCUCAGCUCAUAGCUGCAUACAAGGAUUUCUGCGAACGCGGCUGCAGGACGUCGGGUCUGAGCCAGGGGGCGCUCACGGGCUCGCAGAGCUGCGAUAUCCUGACGGUGGCCCGGGAGCAGGCACAGGCCAAGGCCGGCUCCAGCCAGAGCGCAUGCAGUGUGGAGGACGUGCUGCAGCUCCUGCGAAUUCUCUUCAUCAUCGGGGGAGAGCCCACCUCCAGCCGCACGCUGCAGGAAGACGUGGAUGAUCUUCAGUUCAAUGCACCUCCUGAGGAAUUCACCAGCAAAAAAAUCACAACUAAAAUUCUGCAGCAGAUUGAGGAACCUCUUGCGCUGGCCAGUGGGGCCCUGCCUGACUGGUGUGAGCAGUUGACCAGCAAGUGUCCUUUCCUAAUCCCCUUUGAGACACGGCAGCUUUACUUCACCUGCACCGCGUUCGGAGCCUCCAGGGCGAUAGUGUGGCUGCAGAAUCGGAGGGAGGCGACUAUGGAGCGUUCGCGGCCCUCCACCACCGUGCGGAGGGAUGACCCCGGGGAGUUCAGAGUGGGCCGUCUAAAACAUGAGCGCGUGAAGGUUCCGCGUGGGGAGAACAUGAUGGAGUGGGCGGAGAGUGUGAUGCAGAUCCACGCAGACAGGAAGUCUGUCCUGGAGGUGGAGUUCCAGGGAGAGGAAGGUACAGGUCUGGGGCCGACACUGGAAUUUUACGCACUGGUGGCAGCUGAGUUCCAGAGAACCUCUCUGGGCAUCUGGCUAUGUGACGACGACUUCCCUGACGACGAGUCACGCCAGGUGGAUCUGGGUGGAGGUCUGAAGCCACCGGGCUACUACGUUCAGCGGUCUUGUGGCCUGUUUCCCGCCCCCUUCCCUCAGGACAGUGAUGAGCUGGAGCGAAUCACCAAGCUCUUCCUUUUCUUGGGCGUGUUUUUGGCCAAAUGCAUCCAGGACAACAGGCUGGUGGACCUGCCAAUCUCGCAGCCCUUUUUCAAGCUACUCUGCAUGGGGGACAUCAAGAGCAACAUGAGCAAACUCCUGUAUCAGUCCCGCGGCGAAUCGGAACGGCACUUUUCCGAGAUCCAGUCCGAAGCCUCCACGGAGGAGGGCCAGGACACCUACUCGGUCGGCAGCUUUGAUGAGGACUCCAAGUCAGAAUUCAUUUUGGACCCGCCUAAGCCCAAACCACCAGCCUGGUACCACGGCAUCUUGACGUGGGAGGACUUUGAACUGGUGAACCCACAUCGGGCCCAGUUCCUGAAAGAACUGAGGGAGCUGGCGGUGAAACGUCGGCAAAUCCUGGGCAAUAAGAGUCUCUCGGAGGAUGAGAAGAACACGAGGCUUCAGGACCUUAUGCUAAAGAACCCAAUGGGUUCUGGUCCACCGCUCAGUGUGGAAGACCUGGGAUUGAAUUUCCAGUUCUGUCCCUCUUCCAAAGUACAUGGGUUUUCAGCAGUGGAUCUCAAGCCCAAUGGAGAAGAUGAGUUGGUGACUAUGGAGAAUGCAGAGGAAUAUGUGGAGCUCAUGUUUGAUUUCUGCAUGCACACCGGUAUCCAGAAACAGAUGGAGGCUUUCAGAGAGGGCUUUAAUAAGGUGUUCCCAAUGGAGAAGCUCAGCUCCUUCAGUCAUAAAGAGGUCCAGAUGAUCCUGUGUGGGAACCAGUCGCCUUCCUGGACGGCCGAGGACAUCAUUAACUACACAGAGCCCAAACUGGGAUACACCAGGGACAGUCCUGGAUUCCUGCGCUUUGUGAGGGUGCUGUGUGGAAUGUCGUCGGAUGAGAGAAAAGCCUUCCUCCAGUUCACUACCGGAUGCUCAACACUUCCCCCUGGUGGCCUAGCCAACCUUCACCCUCGACUCACGAUAGUCCGCAAGGUGGAUGCCACAGACUCCAGCUACCCCUCCGUUAACACAUGUGUGCACUACCUGAAGCUGCCAGAGUAUUCGUCUGAGGAGAUCAUGCGAGCGCGCCUUCUUGCUGCUACCAUGGAGAAGGGCUUCCACCUGAACUGA